AUGGAGAAAAGAAGGAAGAAGCUGUUUUCCCAGAGACCAGGUUUUGAUAUGGGAAGAGGUCGGUAUUUUUGUGACUAUUGUGAUACGUUUCUAACGCAUGACUCUCCAUCUGUUCGGAAAACCCAUAACAAUGGUCGAAAGCAUAAAGAAAAUGUUCGCUACUUUUAUCAAAAAUGGGUAGAAGAGAAGGCACAGUCUCUAAUUGAUCAGACAACUGCGCAAUACUCGAAAGUUGCCGGCGGAGCUGCUGUGCCACCAACUGCGUCACUUGCACGAGGUAAAAUGCCACCAGUGAGAGGCGUUCCACCCGGUGCUGUUAUGCCUCCUAUGGGACAUCCAAUGCAAAUGGGACCUCCACCUCACUUUGCACCUCGUGGCUUACCCCCAGGAGCAAUGCCUCCAGGAAUGAUUCCACGUGGCGUUCCACCUGGAAUGGGUCCACCGAUGAUGAUGAGACAUCCACCUCCCGGAGGAAUUCCGCCAGGCCAUGGUCCUCCGCCGCACGGCUUCGGUCCCCCACACCCCGGAAUGCGACCACCAAUGCAGCAAGGGCCUCCACUGAAACAAGAACCACCUUCCGGAAAUCAUGAGUAG